AUGGCCGAAGUCCUCAAGGUGGUCCCACAGGAGGACCUAAAGCUGGCCGAGAAGAGCGAUGGUUCGUUGAGAAGCGCGCAUGUCCUGGAGCAUGAUCCGGCAUUAGACCGAAGACUACUAUGGAAGCGAGACCUGGUUUUGAUACCCAUUAUGGGUGUUCUUUAUAUGCUUUUGUUCUUAGACCGGACGAACAUCGCAAACGCUCGCGCUCUGGGCAUUGGAUCUCCAACUGGACUAGAAGGCGCCUUGGGUAUGCCAACGAAUGGAUAUAACAUCGCUCUCGUGAUAUUCUAUAUCCCCUUCGUCCUCGCCGAAAUCCCAGCCAACCUGAUCUUGAAUACGAACAAGGUUGCGCCACGGUACUUAUUGGGCGGGCAAAUGGCCCUACUUGGCGUCCUUGGGAUGUGUCAGGGCUUGACAAAAUCAUAUGGCGGCCUGCUGGCCGUGCGGUUCCUGAUGGGUACUUUUGAAGCAUCGUUGCCUGCGGGGGCGACCUACAUGAUAUCCAUGUACUACACCAAGCGAGAGGCUGCGAUUCGUUUCUCGUGGUUUUUCAAUUUUGCUCUCGCCGGUCCGUUCUUCUCCGGACUUCUCGCGUUUGCGAUCAACAACCUUGAGGGCGUUGGUGGGUACCAGGGGUGGCGUUGGCUUUUCAUUAUCGAAGGGUUAAUGACCGUUGCAAUUUCCAUACCUGUCGUGCUGUUUUGCCCGAACUUUCCGCAGGACGCUCAGAAAUGGUUCCUAAAACCAGAGGAGCGCAACCGCGUUGUGGCUCAGCUAGAGGCUUCCCGGGGUGCCGAGACCAAGGGCUCUGCUGCUGACAGCGUCUCCAUCUGGGAGGUGUUGAUCGACUGGCGCAUCCACCUGUUCACCAUGUGCUUCUUCUGCUGCGACAUCACGGCAGCAUCCAUCUCGGCUUUCUCCCCCACAAUCCUCACCGAGCUGGGCUGGACCAGCACCAUUGCUCAGUUGAUGGCAAUGCCAGUGUGGGCUGUCGGUAUCAUCUCGUCUUUCGGUGUAACGUGGCUGGCCUCGCGCCUGAACUUUCGGACUCCUUUCGUUAUCGGCGGGAUCUGCUGUCAGCUCGUUGGCUGGAUCAUCAUGCGCGUCUACGUCCCUCAAGCCGGCGUCCGUUAUCUUGCUUUGUUCUUCAUGUCCAUUGGAACAUUUCCACAGAUGCCCAUCCUCAUGGCUUGGCUUUCAGCAAACCUCCGUGGCAGGAAGCACUUGGCCGUGGGUAUGGCAUGGAUGGUUGGCUUUGGGAACUGUGCCAAUUUCGUAUCUUCGAACGUCUUCAUCAAGACUGAGGCACCUCGCUAUGUCACGGGCUUUACCACUGGGUUGGUCUUCACCAUCCUUGGUAUGGUUCUGGUGGUAUUCGGCUGCACUUUAUUGGUUGUCAAGAACAAGAAACGUGAGGCGAUAAGGUCGCAAAUGACUGACGGGGAACGGGAGGCCCAUGAUGAACUGUAUUUCAAAUUUGUGUUGUAA